AUGGGUGAUAAUCUUGCAAAUACCGUGCCACUGAUCAAUGAUACACGCUCUCGAGAGUCAGAUCCGCCGGACCGACUCAUAUCCACCUUUCUGAUCGCUCACUCAAGAAUAUUCCGCGAACUAGCAGAGCUGAGAGAAGAAGGAUGGAACAAUCCGCGAGGCGACAAGCACUUUCAAAAGCAGCGGCGAGACGCGGAUGAAGCGUCCUACUCGGUACGAAAAGGCUUUUAUAACCUAAUGCAGCGGAUUGGAGACGAGCUUCAAGCGGCCUCUGGGGCUCUAAGUCUUCCCGGACCCCAUGCAGAAGUCCUUGAUAUUUGCAUGGCCCCGGGCGGCUAUAGCGCAUCGGCGCUGAAAUACUCUCCGCAUGCGUGUGUCUCCGGUAUAACACUGCCCGAGUCUCUCGGUGGCCAUCAACUACUGAUACCCAACGGCCGCAUUGAUCCACGCGUCGAUGUCCAGUUGGCCGACAUCACAAUGCUAACAGCGGAAUAUGGCGUAACAGAUAUCCCAGAGGGUCAUCCGGACGUCUUGAACUUCUCCCUCGAACGACCUUGGGCUACGAAAUCAUUCGACCUUGUGUUCUGCGAUGGCCAGGUCUUGCGUACACACGCACCGCAUAUCGCAAGUUAUCGUCAACGCCGCGAGGCUGGACGGUUGUCGUGUAGUCAACUCAUACUGGCAAUGCAGCGUAUCAAGCCUGGCGGGACUUUCAUCGUGCUGCUUCACAAAGUCGAGCUGUGGAGGACGAUGAAAUUACUCAGCCUGUUCGAUGCAAUCUCCCAGAUUGAAUUGUUCAAGCCAGUCACAAGUCACAAAACAAGAGGCUCGUUCUACCUCAUCGCUAAGAACGUGCAGCCUCAUCAUCCAGAAGCAUUGGCUGCUAUCAAUGAGUGGAAAGCGGCUUGGAAGAACGCAACGUUUCCAGUUUCCACGGACGAAGAUUGUCAAAAUCCCCCAGACUUCGUUGAGGAGCACGUGCAAGAGGAGGAAGUGUCGGGUCUUCUUGCGAGCUUUGGUGAACGGCUGAUUGAGUUAGGGGAACCUGUUUGGCAAAUACAGAAGAAUGCGCUAAGAGGAGCCCGAUGGUUCAAGGACAAAGAAGUCAAACCUGCUGGAACAAGCGCCGGGCAAGUGGGGGUGCCAGCUUCUCCUGCUUCAGCACAUCCUAUCAACGUAUCUUCAAUGAUGGGAAACCUGCAGCUCGGCAGAUGA